UCUCACUUCUACGCUUCCUUCACGGAUUUUUUUUUUUUAAAAAAAAAGAAUUAAAGGGAGAAGAAGAGAGCGAAAAAAAAUUCUCAAUAAUCUGAGAAUUUUCUGCAAUUUUUUUUUCAUCGUUGUGAAAAACGGUAAAAAAAAAGAGAGAGAGAUCAAUCGAACAAGCUCCAAGGUAUUAAUUCUCUCGGUUCAAAAUUCGCAUAAAAUUCGAUCUUACCAGUUGAUUAGCAUAUUAUCCUGAUGAGCUCAGCAGUUCCUGCAUCCGAAUCCCCAAAUUCGCCUUCAAAUCGACCAGAAGCUGAUCAGAAUGAUGAUCAGGAAACUGAGUUACUGUCAGUGUCCUGGAAUCAGGAUUACGGUUGCUUCGCUGCCGGAACGAGCAGCGGAUUUCGGAUAUAUAAUUGCGAGCCUUUCAAGGAGAUGUUUCGGAGAGAAUUGAAGGGCGGGGGAUUCGGAAUUGUCGAGAUGCUGUUCCGGUCCAACAUUCUUGCUCUCGUCGGCGGCGGCGCCAAUCCGGAGUACCCACCUAACAAAGUGAUCAUCUGGAAUGAUCACCAGUGCCACUGCAUCGGCGAAUUCACAUUCAGAUCCGAUGUUCGCGCUGUGAAGUUGAGGACGGAUAGGAUAGUCGUCGUUCUGGAUCGCAAGAUACACGUUUACGACUUUAACGACCUGAAACAGCUUCAUCUGAUUGAGACUUUGGCGAAUCCGAGGGGUUUGUGUUGCCUUUCGCAUCACCCCGUGAAUUUGGUGUUGGCUUCCCCUGCGACGCAUCGGGGGCAGGUGAGGGUGGAGCACUUUGGUUUGAAGGUCACGAAGCUCAUUUCAGCGCAUGAAUCUCAUAUUGCGUGUAUUACUUUGACUAUGGAUGGGCUUCUUCUUGCUACCGCGAGCACGAAGGGAACCUUGAUUAGAAUAUUCAACGCGAUGGACGGGACUCGCCUGCAAGAGGUACGCAGAGGAUUGGAUGCAGCUGAUAUAUAUAGCAUUGUCCUAUCGCCAAAUGUACAGUGGCUUGCAGUAUCGAGCGACAGAGGAACUAUACACGUCUUUAAUCUCAGAGUUAGAGCGGGGGGAGAUGAUGCGCCCGACCAACACACCGUAGAUGGUGAUUCUUUGAUAAUGGCUGGCCAGAACCCCUCUGCUUCGCCUAGUCCUCUUUUAGCUUCAAACACUGGCGCCAAUGCCAACUCAUCGUUGUCCUUCAUGAAAGGGGUGUUGCCAAAGUAUUUUAGUUCUGAGUGGUCAUUAGCUCAAUUCCACUUGCCGGAAGUCACUCGUUAUGUUACUGCAUUUGGAGCUCACAACACAUUGAAGAUCAUUGGCAUGGAUGGCAGUUUUUACAAAUGCAGCUUUGACCCAGUGAAAGGCGGGGAGAUGCUACAGAUUGAAUAUUUCAGUUUUCUUAAGGUCAACAUCCACCGGCAGAAGCCCUACUCCACCUUACUUCGAUAACAACCUCACUCAACAUUCCAUCUGUGCAUGUAAAUAGGGUGUUGUGCUAACCAUGAACUGUACAUGCAUGUCCUCGUCAACUUCAGAUUCUACAAAUAUGGCUAAAAUUCAAGAUUUUUUUUUGUUUUUUACACCACGGACAAAUUUCAGAUGUUGCUAGUAUUUUGAUUUUGAACAAGUACAAUGUUUAGUUAAAAGGAAUAUCUUUUCAUACAGGCCAAGGUACAAUUCUCUCUUCUAUAUCGUAACAAGUCCGAAAUGAAAAAAAAAACAAAACAAAUUGUGGUGUAUCAAAUCUGUGACUUCUGUAAUAGUAGAAGACAUAGGUCUGGGAUUCUCUCUUCACCUUCUCUGUAAAGAAACUGUACUUUUAGUUUCUUGUGUAAAAUGAGCCAAGAUUCACAGUA